AAGAUUUUGACCUUUGGUAUCUCAAGGACUUCACACUUUGUGGUCACUAUUAAAUAGGCAUUUGAUAUGUGGAAAAUAACUAGCAAAAAGGCAGAGCAGCAGCAGUAGUAGAAGACAACAUUCUUCUCUUUUCCUAUCCCAAAGACCAUUCAAUUGCUUUCUUUCUCUGAAUGCUCACAUAACAGCAAUAAUAUGCAAUACCUUCUUACACCUUGUUCCUCUUCUUUUCUUCAGCCUUAUGCUCUCCAUCAUCACCCUCAUCUUCUCCAUAAAGUUCGCAGACCGGGUCUACUUAAGCCUCACUGUUCUCAGGGACAGCAGAGCCUCAGAACUACUUCAUGGAGUCAGGUGUCACUUUCACUAUUUGGCACAGGCUUCUUGUUUGGUCCCCUUAUUGAUGGACUCCAUUCCAGAGUCAAUCUGGUGGUGUACAAGUCAGGAUCAAUUGACAUAGGUCCACUCCACACAAACAUCUGGGUUCCUUUCUUGCUGGGGUUGUUUUACUGUUCGGUUGGUUUGCUUCAACUCUACCUAGAUGAGAGGGUCUUAAACAAGGUUCAAGAGGGAAGUUUUGCAAAAACAAUUGUCUCGCUGAUAUUGCUGGUGCUGUUCAUAGCAUUGAGUGCUGAACUCUACAAAGCCGGAAUUGCAAAGAACACUGAGGCCUACAUAUUAUUUGCUGCAGCUGAGUUCAUGUGGUUUUUAUUGGAUAGGACAUGGCCAGGCUUCACCCUGGCAUGUCUCGUUGGGCUUGCAUGCCCGCUCGCUGAGAUACCCAUUAUGAAGUUCUUCCACCUUUGGUACUAUCCUCAAGCGAAUAUUGAACUCUUUGGUCAGGGGCUAGUUACUUGGACUCUCACUUGCUACUUCGUAUAUACGCCUUUCUUGAUCAAUUUGUCCCGGUGGUUGAGAACAGUUUUUACUGCUAAAAUAGAGGACUCUGCCUAAAAAGAAGAAAAAAAUAGAUAAGCUUAAAUACAUUUGAUUUUCAUCCAAACGGGUUCUAAAUUGCAACCAAAUCACAGCCUUUAGCAAACGCAUACAGCGUAGAGAGUUAAAGGUAUUCUAGUCUAAUCAAAGGCAAUAAAUUCAUAUGAUGCUAAAGCAUAUGCAAAUUUUCCUAGCUUAGGUUAAGAAUUGCAGUUUAGAAAAUAAAAUAUAAGAUUAUGUCAUUUGGUUUGAUUUAAACAUUAACAAAUUUGUCAUUUCUUAUGCAUAUUGAUGCUCUUGAUCACAAUUUUAGUAACCAAUAUUCAAAUCAAAAUUUAUUUGUAACCAUGAGGUGUGGCGUAGUGGUUGCUCACAUCAUCCCUUAAUCAUGAGGAUGGUGCUUCAUCCUCGCUCAUGGAAAUAAAGCACACGUUGUGGUCAAUGAUUUACCACUUAAUAUAAACAUCCAUGACAAAUAAAUUAUUCACUGCUUAGUAAUAGUUGGGCAACAACAACUGAUUAAUCAUCAAAUACAUUGUGAUAUGGAAGGAGAAACUAAGAUGAGGUCCUUUGUGAAGAACUUAUUGAGUCAUCAUUCAAGACACUUUUGGCAUUUAUGGUUACAUUUUUGGGCUGUUGCGAAAAAGCAAUAAUUGUUGUAGUGACACUGCAUCCAUUUAAUUUUAGCUUGUAUUGAUAGUCUUGUAUUUGCUUCA